AUGUCUUCACCAACUCCGAAGCUACUCAAGGCAGAUUUGUUCAAAUCUAGUUCCGAGAAUCUGACAGACGAUGAAAGAAUAGACCUCAGCAAUCAGCGCGCUUACGCGGUUGCUAAGGCAUAUAAUAUUCUAGAUCUGACCCCCAAAUUUUGGCAGAUUCACCAGGAUAUGGCCCUUUCUCUUGAUCAUGCAGCACAUACCUUAAUUUCAAUCCAGUAUAAUAUUGCUGGUGCGAUUUUCGCUAUGUUCGUGUCAGAUCAGCCUGAGUAUCAACCACUUUUGGAUCGCAUACUCAGAUUUGAGGUCUCGUAA